AUGGCUAAGGUCGCUAUUGGGUUGACCAAUAGCAUCUUGAAUAUGCUCAGUCAAGUCGACAAUACAGCAAGGGAUUGGUCGGACUGUGCCAGAGCUUUCCAGAAAACUCUUGAGCUUGUCCAGCGUGCCGACCAGUUUGACGAAUUGUAUUCUCCUGUCGCGGUUUCCCAGAAGCUGUCUUACGGACUCCUGCCACAUUUGCAGACAGGAGUGCACGCCUGUUGCAUGGAAAUAAUUCAGCUGCUUCUUACGUUACAAUCACCAGAUGGCUUGAGUCGGACGGCGCAUGUACUGCUGCAACCUCUCUUGGACUUUAUGCCGCUCUCAAAGAUACAGACACGAGAAGCCCUUCUAGACAUUAUCCAGACUGUGUACGAGAGGAUGGAUAAGAAGGCAUUUUCCUCCAUGUUCUUUUCCAUUAUAAUCUCGCUUUGCUCUGUACAAAUGGUCGAAACUGACCCCCUGUCUGCUCGUACGUUCGACCUUGUCAUUUCGUGGAUGAAGGACCCCCUCUGCUGCAAGGCGGUCAUGUCAGCCAUCCUUGACGUGAUUGCUUUUGAACAGGCGACCACUCUUGAGCGCACCAACGCCUUUCUGCUCCUUUCACGAUAUCUUUCAAAGGAAGAUGCGUCCUCCUCUAUCCCUGAGCAAUCAUGUCUUCUCAAUCUGCAGCCUCCCGCACAAUGCGCUAUAGAUUUGCUUAGGUUGAAAGCUACUGCUUCACGCUUACUAUUGGCUAAUAGUGACAUGGUGCUUGUGAAGGCGUUAUUUGAUAUCCUUCCCCGGUUACUGCACAUAGAUAGCCUUUUAUAUGACCCUGCAGCCUAUUCCAUUGAGUAUCUUUCAGAUCCCAAUGCGAUGAGUGACACCGACUGCCGCAAGUUGGAGGAUCUGUGUACUAAUUACGUAUUUUUCUUUGCGUGCACUACUCACCUCAGUAUAGAUGAUGCCGGGGUUCGAGCCCGCUGCCAUAAAUAUCUUAUCGACGAGGUUCCAGAUUGUCUUUUGAGUUGCUAUGCUUAUAACGCACUUCUAUUUUUCUGCUGUGCCGAACAGUACUUGACAGCGAUGGAUGCCGGGUCUCCUGGUAUGCUUACCGCACUGGCCACUUUUCUUCCUCUUCGCUUAACAGGGGUGCUGCAACUGCUAGCUCCCCUAUUGCAAGAAGCUACAGUCGUAUCCACCAUAUACAUAGAUGCACUGAUGUGUGUUCUUCCAUAUAUCUUGACUGUGUCUCCGUAUUCUAAACUUGGAGCCGCGUUCACAGAGCUUUUUACUGCCACCUCAAAUAUUACCGUUAUGCUUUAUCGCUCCCUCUGUGUAACAAGCUCUCACGGAUGGCCAUCACUUAAGCUCAAAUUCACUACUGAUAAACCGGAUGAAUCUGGUGCCGAUGGUCUUAUUCUCCAUCAUGUGGGACCCAUGUACGCUCAGAUAGUCUUUACACGUAGGCAUACGGAUCUCCGGUUUGCUCAGCGAUUAGAGGUAUACCUCUCCUAUCUUCCCCGUCUCAUAGCGUCAGUACAAGCACCUCUCGAGCUUACGCACUCGGUUCUGGACACAUUAGGAGAUAAGAUUUACAAUGUAGGAAGCAACCUUGCAAUGGUUGCCGUAGAAUUAGUCGCUAGCCUUCUUUUUAGCGGAGCCUCUCUCCUAGUAAGUAGUUUCGUAACAAAAGCUUCGCUCAAUUGUUCCAAAGAUACAUUUGUAUUAGCUAAUAAGUUACUCGUCGUUUGUACAGAACCGGCGACACGGCACCUCUUGUGGGUCCUGUUAACGGAGAGCCAGUACUGGACACAACAGCACAAUGUUUUGUUCAACCAAUAUAACGACCUGUUGCAGUGCGUCAAGAAGGCUAUCGGUGCAAUAAUACCGAACUUUCAAGAGGAUAACUGGCAAACAGAGGCAGAUCCCGUACCAAUUGACACGCUCUAUUUGCUCUUUUACGUGGUCUGCCUCAAAGUUCUGGAGGCAGAAUCCGAGGAUAGGAGUACGCUUUUGGAAAUACUGGCUGCGUACUGCUCGUUUGGAAAUGCGGCCUUCACGACUUCAGGCUUCAACAGUGCUCAUCGGCUUUACUUUCUUCUUCACAUCCACCUACUGUUCUUUGGCCUUUUCCAAAGCUUUGAACGAUUCAGCCCACUAUUUAUUAACUUCGUUACAUCACUUCCCAAGGACAACCACGAGAAGCUUCUUCUGCUGAGAAGUGCAUUUUUCGGUUCAUCAGACGUCAAUUGCACAAUUUGGUCCACACCGCCAACUGACGGCGUGGAACAGCCACAGAUAACAGUCGAUGCAUUCAAUAGCACAUUUCUUUCACUAUAUUUAGAUUUUGCUGGGUAUCUGCUUCUAUCCCACCCAAGGUCUGUUGAUUCACCGGGUUCAGACAAGUCGGUGCACCAUACUGAGUCUACCUCAUCAGCAAUAGAAGCCAGGUUUAAGCAGUUGAGCUUGUGUCGCCCUACUCAGCUCCUUUUUGACGUAUGUGAGAGCAUCUAUAGCCAAAGUGAUUCGCCCUCUCCUGUCAUGGAGGAUGUGUUGGCUUUUCUUUUCUCCCUUCUAUUUUGUCGACAAUUGCCUGGCUUAGCCGAAGAAUAUAGUGUCCAUCUUAUGGAGGAGUUACGGCAGCCGCGCGGAGCUGCACUUGUGCUAAUGUAUGACGUUCUACAGAGAUGCAUAGAAAUGCACUCUAUACCUGAUGCAUUUGACAUUUUGAUAUAUGAAAUGGUAGGUACAAUGGCUAGGCAGGAUGCGGUUGAUACCCAGUCGUCAUACUUUAAGAUCAUCUCGCUUCUAGUUGAUUCGCUUGAUGGGUCUCUCUACCUGUUGCAUGCGGCCUUUAGACUGAGCGAGACACGUCUUAAUUUAGAUGUCGAUUUGGAAAAGACAGAUGGUCUCACACAUUUAUCCAUGCAAUCCAACUCUCCGGUCGAUGUCGAUAGGCUUGUUUUUUCUUUGCAAUCCUUUACCCAUAUAGUAUUGGUUUUUGGGCACAAACUCAUAGAAAAUUUAACGGUAGGAAAACUAACCGUUUGCCUACUCAAUCCUUCUCUCACGCGGAGCUUUUUGUGCACGGAUGAAUCAGUGGACUGCCCAGGUAGCCCCCUAGAGGCACUGCUAGACUUGUUGAUUGUUCUUCUUUUGGAGCACAGGGUGUUCCUGGCUACGCAGCGUCCACCCUCUGAAGGCGAUGUGCUUCUUCCUGCGCGCAUGAUUGCUCUAAGGUGCUUGAGCUGCCUUAUUAGCGCCAUGCUGGAGGGUGCUUCUUCUGAUCAUCAGCUGAAUAACCAUCUUGUUCGAAUGAUAAACAAGCUCUCCUACGUCUUUUGGCAGCAAGUUUCUGGGUUGAUCAGGCAUUCAGACACUCUUUCGCCCCUUCUUACAGACGUAUUUAUUUGUCUUUUGAACGCAAGCUUUGACGUUUUCUCCCACCUGUGUGCCUCUGGAAAGACGAUCUAUGGCACCUCUUCCAGGACCACGCUUUUUCUUGUACGUUACUUUCAAGUGCUCUCAUCUCCGCAACAGACCUUCUUUUCCUUUAUGCAAAGGAACCCUCGCUUGGUCUCUGCGACAUUGGCAACGUUUGAGAGACUCAACAUAUUGUAUCAGAUAACAGCAGCAGAGGCUAGCCAGUUCACAAAUACAUCCUCAACCGCUGACUUGCCCGCAGACUUACUAGGUAUUCCAGGAGCUCCCCUUCAGCAGCUGUUGUUGGAAUACAAACACGUUAUCGAGGUGGCUCCCUUUUGCUCCACAAUCAAGGAAUCCACUAAUACUCUAACAAAAGAUUGGGAUAAGUCUUUCAAGGAGAUCCUUGCAAAUGGCCCUGACGGAUCAACAAGGAAGGCAGGAAUGGAUAAACGUGCAUUCUUGCCCGCACCGUGUCGCCUCCAGCCGCUGUGCUUAUUUGCUUGGUUCCUCCUGUACGGUAUAUUGAACGACUAUGUCCUAGACUCUAAUCUCUUGUCUUAUCUUAGUUCAGUGGUGCGGAUUCUAGUGUUCUAUAGCUAUAAAAAGACCCCACAAACACCGGGAAUCUCUGCACUAGCCUUUGAGACUCAGGCCAAGCACAUCAACAAAGAGGUUGUAACGCCAUUUUCGGGAGAUUUUCAAGUCAUAUAUGCAUACCCCCGACUACUGCGUGUGGCGCUACGAUUGUGCCUAAAGAAUAGCGCAAACACUAAGACUAUCUUCGACCGUGUGCUGAAGCCUCUUUUGUGUUACAAUUCUUAUCACUACGCUCUUGGAUGUCUCCUCAUUGCUGGAAAAGAAAAGUCUCAUUACAUAUAUUACUUCCUCAUAAAGCCCUUUUUGGAUACAGGAUGCGAUAACACGCUCUCUGCACCAGACAGCCCUUCCUGUGGCGCCGUUAGACUCUCUGCCCAGAGCCUUCUUCUGGCGUUCUUAUCUGUGCAGGAUCUUAUGUACAACCUCCAAACACGCCCUUACCCAGAGGUUAACCAGGUGGUGAAUAGACCACUACGCGAGUUGCUGGUGUCUCUUAGUGGGAUGAACGGUCGUGACGCAUUAGACCUUUUCAUGGUUGCAUUUCAGUCCGAGGCUAUGGGAACAAUAGCUGUGGGCUCCACUCCCUUGGUAUCAAGAUAUGUAAUAGACCUUAUCACUGUGCUCUUGUUCACCACUCAGACGCUCAAUGAUUGCAACGCGACGCUACUUCCUGCAAUCACCAGGUUAACCAGGUCAACGUUCGGUAUUGAGUUUGGAGCACCUGGAGGCUUCCUUGCUGAUACUGCAUUCACAGCUCAGAUGACUUCAGUGGCAUCAUCGUCUACAAUGACUAUGAAUGCAACAAGCACUGGGUUAAAGUUACCCAAAAUACUAAAGGUAGUGUCCUCCACCAAUGAGCACUCUCUGUUUAGCAUAAGUGCGUACAUGUCAAUAGACUAUCUCUUAGCGUUGGCUCGCUGUAUUUCCCUUGCGCACUCUAUUCUAGCCCACUGCCAAUCUAAGACAACCCCCUCGGCAGACGAGAAGGUUUUGCAAUCCAUUAAGGAUAUCCUCAUGGAGAGAACAAAGUUCAUUAUCGAGCUACAGCUGAAGAAGCUGACAGACGGGACUCGCAUCAAAUCGCCUAAUAUCGUUUUAGACCACAUUGCACUAAUAGUGCUUGCAGGCGCAGGGUCAAUGGAUGUGCUGGACAUACUUCAGAUGGAACCUUCUGCCAUAGCCGUGACCCGACAACUCACCCAUGCAAGCACUCCAACAGAUAAGCAGGCAGGAACCAAGCUCGCCUCCACGGUAUGCCAUCAGAUUUUGUUUCUUCUGAAAGAACUGAACUUCCUAAAAACCCCUAAAAAGGUCUCAGCAGGAGUAGCAGACUUUGCUAUGCACGUAGUGCAGCUUUUGGCUCAUAUUUCUUUCGCCAGCGACUCCCAGCUCAUUGCUGAUAUCAUUGCACAGAUAGUAGUUGCUCCAGAAGUGCUGUGCAUUCUCUUGCAGAGUACAGCGUUCAACAGUCUAGCCCAAAUCAUGGGGCGUUCCACCGCUUUAACCCUAGAAGGAGUAGCUGAUAAGUUAGCGAAAGGUGUUGUGCCUAAAAGGAUAAGCAUGGCUCAGUGUAAAAAAAUAGUUGCGACAGUGACAAGCACCGAACUUACAGAUAUGAUAGACUUACUAGGAAACAAGGACAGAGAUAAUCUUAUUCUUAGCGUCUCUAGGAUAUCUGAAGAUAUGAUUAAGUCGUUUGUGUUGGCAAAAAUAAUAUACCAUUUUGCAGAUACUCACCAAGCAAAGGAAGUGCUUACAAAAUACUGCACCGAGCUCUUAGGCACAUUACAAACCUAUCUUGAUAACGUCUUCAAUCAAACGAAGGAGUACCUGCCUGAUACGGCAAUCCUAAGUGGUAAGCCAGGGAAGGGAGCAUCAGAGACAGCGUCUUCUCAAAUUGUUUUGCGUGCCGGAGUCUGCAAACUUUACGGGAAAUUGUUCCUUAUCAACGCAUGCAUAGCCAAUGUUCCUGCUGAAAUGAGUACUGAGGUUCACAGCCUAAUUCUCUCUUUAAAUACCGCUUUAAACUUUGCCAUGAAAGUGGUAAACUCAGCACGUACAUCUAAUCACUCGGGCAAGAACACGACGGACUCCGCUGGAAAGUUCCUUCCAACCAGAAGGACUAUAAACGGAACUGUUUCGCUGAUUCAGAGUACACUUGGUGAGAGGUUCAAGAGAAUCUCUUGGUCUGUAUCAAUGUUAGACAGCUCUACCAAGAAAAUAGGCCUCCAUGAUACUAUUUGCGAUGCUCUCAACCAAGUCUGCACGCUGCUCUGCACGUAA